UAUUUUUCAAUUAUUUCCGAGUAUUUCAGUACAUGCAUUUGGAUUGGACGAUUUGGACACGAAGGCAAAGGUGCAUCCUUGUUGUUGUUUGCCGGCAAGCUAGGGCGAGGCCUGAUCUGCUCACUGAAGAUGAGCGCAUCGGCGCGGUUCCUGCAGCGCCUCGGCUGUGCGGGACGCAAUGCACUCCAGUCGUGUUCUACCUCUCUGAGCAGUAGAUCCACUGCGAGCAGCAGGGCAGAAGGCGUGCUGUCCGGUCACAGCUGGGCCUACACCGGCGGUGCGCGUAGAUCUUACGGCCAAGAGACCGCCGCACUCCUGACGAGGUUGGGUCCUAAGAAGACGUACAGCGACGAAGAGGUGCAAUCAGCUAAACAGGCUAUUAUUGACGAGUUUUCUUACGGAAUUGACUUCACCGUCAGCGAAGCCGAUUUGGAGUGUCCAAAGUUUCGUCGCUACGAGGAUGUGGAUAAGAAACAGACCCGGAGGAAUCCGAAUGAAGACAACGUGUUCCCGGCUUACUCAUUUAUUGACUUCAAAGAAGACCAGAAACGAGACUUGGAGAAAGAGGGAGAGAGCGUCAUGAAUGCUAGGAACAUGAUCACUCACUAUCAAGCGCUGGACGUGCUCAGCGACACGAAACUCGCCGAGGUGCGCCGCUACCUACGCUCCCUACCGCUGGAUCUGCUGCGCAACGAGUUCUUGCUGCCGCUCGUCUGCCGCAUGCUCCUUCACUUUCACACCCCGCAGCUGCUGCUGAUGACGGCGUUUGUGCGCUCGGCGGAGGAGCGCGAGCUGGCCAACGAGAAGAUGCCCGACCUGCGGCUGGCCGCGCAGGAGCUGCGCAGCCUGCUGGACUCUCAGGCGGAGCAAGUGGCCGGCGACGUGGCCGUCUACCUGCAGUGCAUGGCUGCCACCGAGGAGCCGGAGCUCGUGGAGGCGGAGAUGCGACGCCUGCACCUGACUGCCGACCACGCGCGGGCGCGCCAUUUCGCGGCCGUGGCGCACGCGUACGCGCAGCAGGAGCGCGUCGCGGACGUGCUGCGUCUGUUCUACGAGGGCAAGCGGCGGACGUUCGCCGAGGGCCUGAUCGAGGACGUGCACCGCUACCACCUGCACUUCUGCUACCACGUCCACCCGGGCAUGUUUUCCGUUCUGGUCAUGCUGCUCGGGCGGCUGGACGCCAAACAGGGCGUGGAGUCGCCGUACCCUCUCUCCGCCGUCCCCGAAAUCAUGUCCGAUGUGCCUAAGCGGCCCACCCCGGAGACCAUCGUCAAUGCCAUGGCGUUGGCGCAGAAUCGCUCGCUCGACGCCAGCACCCCGGGGGCAACGGGAGCGGGCACGCCGGCGCAGGCGAGCCAGGUGGCUGAGCAGCAGCAGCGUCCGGGUGUUCGCCAUCGCGAGGCAGGAGCAGCGGGGGGAGGAAGCUCAGUCGGUGGCUUCUCGCGCAUCCCAACACAGCAGCAACAGCAGCAACUGCAGCAACAGCAGCAACAGCGACCAGAUCAGCAACUUCAGCACGACAGGGCAAACUUCAACACGGCCAUCAGCCCACCUCCGUUAAUUCAACCGCGUGACGAGGCUAUUGUCAACUGGGAUUGGCAGGCACCGGCCAAAGUUGAGUGUCCCGACUGGCGCCGAAAUUUCUUCUUCAAGGAACUACUUUAUGACACAGUCGUUGCGAAGACUCCCCAGACUGAUGUCAGUGCUGAUGCACUAGCCAAGUAUUUCGGAAGUUCUUUCCAGGUGAAGAUGAGCACACUAUCUUCGGAGAGUGUGUGCAGACAGUGUGGCACUGCAUUGGUGCACGACUCGCUCACCGUCGAGGACAUGAAGCAGCUGAACGACGCGGCCUCGUAUGCAUUCGAUCCUCUCUUCAAGGAAAACCGCAGAGUGCUUACACAGAUGCGUGAAGCUAUGCGCACCACGCCCUACGACUGCGUGCUGGACGUGGCUAACAUUGUUAACGUGGCGGACAACGUACAUUGUGGCCACCGCUCGCCACUGCAGGAGCUUCAAGGGUGCUGGGAUCUGCUGCACCAAGCCGGUUAUCAGAAUCCGCUGCUAGUCAUCUCAAAGCGCUCCAACGCUAUACCAGAACAUGAAAUGCAGGCGUGCUUCUCAAUGUUCCCCUGCCUCUACUUAGGCCAAGGCCAAAGAUCGCUGGAUGACUAUGUUUGUCUGGCCCUGGUUCUGCAUGCUUCCUCCUUUGGCAGAGAUUGUAUUCUGGUAUCGGGAGAUCGACAUACAGACAAGUUGACCUCAAUACCAGCAUUGUCCAGGGAGCUGUUUCUGAGAUUUGUUCGCACACACAGUGUUGAGUAUAUCCCUUCUAAAGAUGGACAGCAACGAUUUCUCCAAUGCCAGUCGCGAGUCCGUCCGUUCGCCCGUCACGUUGGCCCAAACGCCGUCCAUCUGUACUGCGGGCAGACCCUGGGCGAAACCUACGCGGAUCAGUACAUAUGCAUUAGUCGCCGCGCCAGCACAUCCUGAGCCUGCCCGUGUCCCUGGGCUACCAGCAGCAGCAGCAGAAGCAGCAGAGCAGCAGCAGCAGCAGAAGCAGCCGCAGCAGCAAAAGCAGCCGCAGCAGCAGAAGCAGCCGCAGCACGGGGCGCGCUACAUCGUCAGUUUUGGUGUCAGUGUUCGUGUUCAAAUCCCUUUCAUCGAUGUUGACAUUAUCGAUAAAAGCAACGUGGUCAUGAUGACAUCUUUGUGGCUGUUGACGACAUUUUCGUCCGUGUUUUCGUCAAUACUGACGCCAUUCUCCUCGGCAUCUGCAAGCAACUAGAGGAGGAAGAGGAGUGUAGCCCGUGCAAAUGGCAGCAUCUUGACUGUUUCUGAAGCCUUGAUGUAGCAGCAGUGUGCUGAUCAUUGCUGUGAACUUUUUUUGCCACCGCCACCACCUUCACCCGGGGUUGCUCUGUCGUCACUAGAUCACACAUGGCAGUUGUACUACUAGGGCAUCAGCAACAGGGUUGGUGACGGCAGCAGCUGUAUCAGCAAUAGCGCUGGUGUCAGCAGCCAAUGAUGCACGCAUCAUCAACAGCGCCAGCACUACAUCCAGCUGUAACAGAGAGCCAGUGGUAACAGCAGCACGCUGCAGCAAACGGCGGCAGCAGGGCUGUAACUGAGUCAGUGGUAACAGCAGCACGCUGCAGCAAACGGCGGCAGCAGGGCUGUAACUGAGUCAGUGGUAACAGCAGCAGCAGCAGCAGCCCAGCAACCAGUGCAUCAGCUACAGCGCUGGUGGCAGCAGCUGCGUCAUCAAUAGCAGCCAAUGAAUGCAUCGUCAACAGCGGCCAAUGAACGCAUCAUCAACAGCGGCGGCAGCACUACACGCGGCUGUAACGGAGCUAGUGAUGACAGCAUUGGUAAAAGCAACAACAUUGGUAACAGCAGCAACAUUGGUAACAGCAGCUGCAUCAUCGACAGCACUACAAGGGGCUGCAAGAGUGGCCAUAGUCAUAACAGCAGCGGCGGCAGGAACAUGUGCCACGGCCGACCAUUCCUUCCGUUGCUACUGCUGCUCACGUUGACUGCUCAAUCCUAGUCCAGUUGUCGUUGUUUUUUUUUGUCGUUGCGCCAUUGUGCUGUGUCGCACACCGUUAUUGUGUCGUCGUACUAACCCCGCACUUCUUACUGGGCUAGUCAAACUUAUAGUUCUUUGGUCACGCGGGCCGUUGCAAGCAUCCCUUGGAUCGUGCUUUGGUAGUUGCCUCUUCUUGAUUCCCAGUCUAUAUGGUCUACUUGGUAUGGCCUUGAACACAAGAUGGGACUCUUGACUUGUGCUCUUUGUCGCCAUGCAGGAUAGGAAUUCUGGCGUGUGUGUGUGUGUGUGUGUGUGUGUGUGUGUGUGUGUGUGUGUGUGUGUCCCAUAUGGUGCAGAGGUAUGUGCAGCGAUUUCCAAUCGAUAGGUUGCGGGUUCGAUUCCCGACGACUAUGGUCACACACGUCUUUCUUCUCUUUCUCAGACUCUUCCUGACUUUUCUUUCA